AUUUGUAUACCAUGGAUACCAAUCCGAUCCAUCAACCCGGCACUUGUCUUCCGGUCGAGAAAAAUCAGGAACAAAACUGAAACAAGUUCAAUCGCCCAGCAGCGCCGCCGCCGCCUAAGAGCCACGGAUAUGGCACUUCCUUGCGAACUUAUUCAUGAAAUACUAUGUCUUGUACCCGUGAAGUAUCUUCUUCGUUGUAGAUGUGUAUCCAAACAAUGGUGUUUAAUUAUCGAUAGCACUGAAUUUGUCGAAAAACAUUUCAAAACAUCUGUGGAGAGGAAUCGCGGUGGGAUUAUUAGUAAUGGAGGUGGAAACUUGUACUUGGCUGAUUAUGAGUCUUUGCGCGAUGAUGAUGCCCCUAGUGUUGCACGAAUGGAUGAUCCGCUGUCUAAUGCUUUGUUUGUGGGUUCUGACAAUGGGGUAGUGUGCCUGUGUAAGGAUAAGGGGAAUGUUAUACUUUUGUUGAAUCCUUCGACGAGGAAAUGGAGGACUCUGCCUAGUGUGCCAGCUGAAUUUCCGCGGUGUUUUGUAACGUCUAAGAAGUACUUGUGUGGAUUUGGGUAUGUUAAUGAUGAUUACAAGGUUGUUAAGGUUGUAGAAUGUGAUCGUCCGUCUCGGGGUAUUAUGGUCAUAGUGUAUAGCUUUAAGACAAAUUCAUGGACACAAAUUCAGAAUGUUCCUAGUAACAGGAACAUCUUGCGCUCAGAUGCGUGGGGGAGGUUUGCAAGUGGAACUCUGCACUGGCCGGCAAUUUAUAGAUAUUGGGUCUCUCCUGCUAUUGAUGGUUUUGAUCUUGGGUCGGAACAAUUUAAAGAGGUCGCACUUCCUGGUGGGAAGAAUUUUGUUCACCCGGUGAGGUUGGUUGCUUUGGGAGGCAUACUUUGCUUCCUUGACUACCAAAACUACUCUUAUGUGGAUGUAUUGCUAACGAAUGACAACGGGGAAGAAAGUUCUUGGUUCAAGGCAUAUUCUAUGGACCGUGAUGCACUCGAAUUUUGUUUCUCUGCUAAACCUCUUGAAUAUUCAAAGUGUCAACGGAAUGUACUUGUUGAGGUGGAUAUGAAAAGGCUUGUGUGGUAUCACCCGGAAACGAAGACAGUAAAGAAUAUCAAUCUUCAAGGGCUUCCAGUACUCUUUAGUUCACACAUGUACACUGAAAGUCUUGUUCAACUCACUGAGAAUAAGCGGCCGCAGAGGCCCUCGCAUGAAAUAAAGUAGAAGAAACAACAGCCGAGAAGAAGGGAUGAUUUUCUGUACAACCAACUAUCCAAGUUUAAGCUGGAUGCAACAAGUUCUUUAAGGUUCAGUCGUUGAGAUGCUGGAUUGCUGGGUGUCCAAGGGAUAACAAGGAAUGUAGUAGGGAGCAUUAGAUGGCUUGUCAGGGUUGUGACCUGAACACCAAAGCUAUUAGUGUUCUUGUGAUUGUUAAAUAGAAUAUGCAACAGUGCCAGAUUCAGAUGUAAAAAUCUCUGUUACUCGAAUUUAGACAGGGCAUCUGGCCCGAACUUAGUAAUCUUACUUGCAUAUAGUUGGUUGAUUUCGUGUUACUAAUUAAUCUAUGCAGAUUUUGUUUGGGGCCGGGCA